AUGAAUUUAUCAACUAUAAAUGUAACUCAUUCAAUAGAAUCUUUAUCUUCAUCAAGUUCACCAGAAUUAUUAAAUACUAAUACAAUGUUAACAACUAAUUAUUAUACUAUAAAUUCAAAUCUACCAUCAAUCAAUCAAACAAAUAGUAAAUUAAAUGGUAAUGAAUUGACAUUAAACUCUAAUCUAUAUCACCCCCCACCUCCACCCCCUCCUCAACCUCCUCUUUCUCAUGAUCAUCAUCAUCGUCCACAACAACAACAACACCAUCAUUAUCAUUCGAAUUAUCAACAAGAAAAUCAUGAAGUAACAUCAUCAUCAUCAUCAUCGUCGUCGUCGUCGUCGGCGUUAUCAUCUACAUCAACAUCUAAUGGGAUAAUAUCAAUGAAUCAUUUAACCAAUUCAUUAUUAUAUCCAUUUUCAUCAAAUUUCUUAUUACAAGAAUCAUUUAUUCAUUUAAUUUAUUCAACAUGUUUCAAUAUAUUUGACAAAAGAUUAAAUGAUGAAUUAAAUAAAUUUAAUGAAAAAUAUGAAUUAUUAUUCAAUGAAUAUAAUGAAACAAAAUAUCGUUUAAAUAAAUUAGAAACUAUAAUACAAUAUCAUAAUAAAAUGAAUAUUCCAUUAAUACCAUUACCAUCAUCUUCAUCAUCUUCAUUCUUGUUACCAUCCUCCUUAACCUCCUCAACCUCCUCCUCCUCAUCGUCGUCGUCAGACUAUUUAUUAACUUCAUUGAAUUCAUUGAAAUCACAACAUUUCAAUGAAUCAAUUAUUGAUAAUAAUAAUAAUCAUAAUCAUAAUAGUCAUAUGAUGAAUACAUUAAAAGAGAUUGAUACGAAAUGGUUAAUGAAUUGGAAAAAUAAUAAUGAAGAUUAUUUGAGUAGUAUAAAUAGUUCAAAGAAUAAUUUAUUGGAGCCUAUGUUAACAACAACAACAGCAACAAUAACAAGAUUAGAUGAACAACAACAACAGCAACAAUCAAUACAAAGAAUAAAAGAUAAAAUAAAAGAUAAUCAUCCUAUAGAAUUUGAUAUCAAUCAUUUAUCUAAUUCAUUUAUUGAUUCAUCAAUGAAUGAGAAUAAUGUAAAUUAUCCAAAACAUUUAUUUCAUGAAUCUAAUAUAAGUCGAUUACAUAAUCAUUUUUAUAAUUUCAACAAUGUAAUACCAUCCUCAUCAUCAUCAUCAGCAGGAGCAACAGCAGCAGCUGCUGCUGCUGCUACAUCAUCAGCAUUGUCAAUAAAUAAUCAACAUUUAUUAUGGAAUCAAUGGAUGGUUAAUUGUAUAAAUUCUGUUAAUGGAUUAUUAUUAUCAUCAUCAUCCUCGUCGUCAUUAUCAUCACAAUCAAUAUUGAAUAAUUGUGAAAAAAUUAAUCCUUUCACUAUGUCAGAUAUAGAUACUAUAGAAGGGAAUCAAGUAAGUUAUUCAUGA